GAGAGAGAGAGAGAGAGAGAGAGAGAGAGAGAGGGGAGGAUCAUCAUCAACCUUUCGAUUGAUUUUGGAAUGACUGAGCUCGCUCAGAAUUACCUUUCAUUUAUUAUCCAAUAACACCCCAUUCUUCUCUCCGAUUGAUAAAUAUACUUGAAGUUUUCUUCUUUUAUAUGUUUCUCUCAUCAGAUCUACUCUCAUAUUUAUUCAAACGCUACUUUCCGUUUUCAGCUUCUUAUCUUCAGAUCUGUUUUAUCUCAGAUCCACCUAAGUUAAUUGUUCGUUCAUCGUGUGAUGAAUUACAUCCCGGAGGAAGUAUUGGAGCACGUCUUCGAUUUCAUCACUUCGCAUCGGGACCGCAACGCAGUGUCUUUAGUGUGCAAGUCCUGGUACAGUGUCGAAAGAUUCAGCCGAGACAAGGUUUUCAUCGGCAACUGCUACUCCAUCAGCCCUGAGCGUUUGAUUGCUAGGUUUCCGAGGCUUCGCUCUUUAACUUUGAAAGGGAAGCCCCAUUUUGCCGAUUUCAAUUUGGUGCCCCAUGAUUGGGGAGGGCAUGUGUACCCUUGGAUUGACGCCAUGGCCAAGAGUGGUAUUAAUCUAGAGGAAUUGAGGUUAAAGCGGAUGGUGGUGACCGAUGAGAGCCUUGAGCUGCUUGCCAAGUCUUUUCCCACUUUCAGGUCUUUGGUUUUGGUCAGCUGUGAAGGCUUCACCACUGAUGGCCUUGCUGCCAUUGCUUCCGGUUGCAGGUUUCUGAGGGAGCUUGACUUGCAGGAGAAUGAAGUUGAUGAUCGCAAGGGUCAGUGGUUGAGCUGUUUUCCCGAUACCUGCACCUCUCUCGUUUCUUUGAAUUUUGCUUGCCUCAAAGGUGAAGUUAAUGUGUCGGCUCUUGAAAGAUUGGUCGGAAGAUGCCCUAACCUUACAAGUCUAAGACUUAAUCAUACAGUACCUCUAGAUGCUCUUCACAAAAUAUUGGCGCGAGCACCUCAAUUGAAUGAUCUAGGAACAGGCUCUUUUGUUCACGAUCCAGAUUCAGAGAGUUGCAACAAAUUGAAGAAUGUUUUGCGCAUGUGUACAUCAAUUAGAAGCUUGUCGGGAUUUCUAGAUGUCAAUGGACGCAGUCUGCCUUCUAUAUACCCAAUCUGCACCAACUUGACUUCUUUGAACUUAAGCUACGCCCCUGGAAUCUACAGUAACGAGCUUAUAAAGCUAAUCUGCCACUGCAAGAAAUUAGAGCGUCUAUGGAUUUUAGACACAAUUGGAGAUAAAGGGCUAGGUGUUGUGGCCUCGACAUGCAAAGAGCUGCAGGAAUUGAGAGUUUUCCCAUCUGAUAUUGCAGCCGUGACAGAAGAAGGACUAGUUGCAAUAUCUGCUGGAUGUCCAAAGCUCAACUCACUGCUCUAUUUCUGCCAGCAGAUGACAAACGCUGCACUGAUUACGGUGGCGAAGAAUUGUCCGAAUUUUAUUCGGUUCCGAUUGUGCACACUGAAUCCAACAAUUCCAGACGCAGCGACCAAUCUACCCCUGGAUGAGGGUUUUGGGGCAAUUGUGCAGUCGUGCAAGGGUUUGAAGCGGUUAUCAGUGUCGGGACUACUAACAGACCAGGUAUUCCUUUACAUAGGAAUGUAUGGUGAGCAUCUUGAAAUGCUUUCAAUUGCGUUUGCUGGGAAUAGCGACAAAGGAAUGCUUUAUGUGCUGAAUGGGUGCAAGAAACUGAAGAAGCUUGAAAUAAGGGACAGCCCUUUUGGUGACGUAGCACUUCUAGCUGACGUGGGGAAGUACGAGACAAUGCGAUCCCUUUGGAUGUCGUCCUGUGAAGUGACGUUUGGAGGGUGCAAGACUGUUGCUCAGAAGAUGCCCAGGCUCAAUGUGGAGAUCAUCAAUAAUGAAGGUGGUGAGCCGAUGGAUGAUGAUGAUGAUGUUGAUGGAAAGAAAGUCGAAAAGAUGUACUUGUAUCGGACACUUGUUGGGCCUCGGAGAGAUGCACCUGAGUUUGUUUGGACAUUGUAGAUGAUUGCGUGUUUGCAUUAAGUCCCUCGUCAUCUGCUAUUUUUACUUCUACUUGUAUUAAUAAGUAGGUCACAACUUGGUUUAGAUGAACUAUAUAUUUAUUAUGGCUUGUAGUUUUACUGGUGGUGGAUUAUUUGUAUGUUCAAAUAAACCUAUUUCUUCUCUAUAUCUAUUUGUACAAUGCUUCUGUUAA